UAAUGUCAGAGUCUGUUUGUAAAUUAGCAAAGGUGGUCGUAAAUAGUGUUUACAUGUUUCGCAAACAAACGUGGUUUUGAAGUGACCCGGAUUAAACGUUAUAUGUACUACUCAGUAUCACUGUUCACUCACAGCGGGUAUAUAUAGGGACAAACAAACCUCGAGAUAUAGUAGAUAAGUUAAGUUCUUAUUAACGUUCUACGGUCGUCUUUAAUAAAAGUAGAAUUACCGUGUUGUUGUUCUUUUUGGCGUGGGUAUUAAACAAUUUAUCAAAAUGGAGGUGUGUUGAUAAUAUGACUUACUUUUCUGUGGAUUCUGUAAUGCUCGGUCAGGUGAUCUUAAAGACAUGAAGAGAGCAGCACAUAUCGUCGUUGUCGGAAAAGAAAAUGUUGGGAAGACAGCUGUCGUGGUGCGCUACCUGACCGGAAGGUACCUGUCAGAGUAUGCCCAUGCACCGGAAAUGACGUAUGAACGCAUUGUUCCAGUGGACGGGAGGCAAGUUCCGCUCAAAAUCACAGACAUAUCUGGAAAGAGCCUGGAGACGAAGGCCAGCAACAAGGACUUCCUAUCCAAGGUGGACGGCAUCGUCGUGGUGUACGCUAUCAACGACACGCCCAGUUACCACGUGGCCGAGGGCGUCUGUAACUGGGUCCGGAGGGACCGGAAGUCGCCCGUACACACCCCCAUUCUGUUACUGGGAAACAAGGCGGACCUAAGUCACUGCAGGUGUGUUCCGUCCCCAGACACAGACGAGACACAAUGGACCAACAGCAGUUGCCUAGCAACGGAGGUGUCCGCCUCCACCCAACCCGACCAUAUCAACUACGUAUUCACAUCGCUCAUCAACAAGAUUCUGGAGAGACGUGAGGCCACCCUGAAACCCCGGAAGAUGUCACAGAAUCCUCUCGGGUCCCCUAAAGUCAUCCGGGCCACCAUAAAGCGCCGCUUUAGCGUCUUCACAAGGGAGCGAACGUCAACCAUGUGACAGGGUUGUCUGUGUACAGUCAUGUUGUCGCUUUUACACGAAUCGUCGGAACCAACAUUCGCUCAUCUCCGCUUUACUUUUUAUAUACAAUGUCAUAGUUAAAGGAAUAUAAUUAUAUGGUAGGUUCGACAAUGGUGUGAAUAAAUAAGAUCAACGGUGCGAUGUGGUAUGCUUACACAGUUUUUGUGUCGUGCUUAUAAACGCACGUACGCCUUUGUACGUCAGUGUGAUUUAGAGACAUGAACGCCUUCACGCUGAAACGGAAAUCAAACUCUUUGCAUUGUGAUGCAGAUACCAGGUGGUAAUCACGUGGUAACAAUUCAAAGGACGUCUUUGUAACCAUCGCGCUAUAGUGACAACAUUAUUUAAACGUUUUGACGCUAAAACGGCAUUAAAACGUAAACUACGGCGAUCCGAGUAACAGCAACGUGCUACCCUAGAACUGACGUUGACACUUCAACAAAACGUCAUGUCUGUUGAUAUUUAAUAAAAUAGUUUUGUUGAUAUUUAUUAUAAUAUUUGAUUUCUAUUUCUAAGUUUAACAUGUUUUAAAAAUAAAAUGGAUUUGAUAUCAAUCCGAGUAUUUCAAAUUCUUAUCUAAGUCUAUGUGCAAUAACAAUAACUAUUACUUUGUUAUUUUACUCUCACUCAAGAGGAAUUUUAGAAACGCUAGAUUUUGGUAUUUGAAUGAAAAUAAACAUGCAUUAUGAUUUGUGUUUUAAUUUUGACAUAAUAUUACAUUUUAUGUAAAAUACAAUUAAAAUUCAUUUCUUCAUUUAAUGUUAAAUAAAAGUGUGAGUUAAAUCCACCAGUGGCCAUCCGUACCAAUCGUUAUUAUCCUUUACGCCGGACUAUUAACCUUUCGACUUAAUGCUAAUAUUAUAAUCCGACUAAAAUAUUGAUAUGAACUGGGGUUUUAAUCUAAUGUUUUACCUUUCCUGUAAAUACUUGUUCUGGAUUCAUUCACUCCAAUAGUCAGUGCGUUUUAACAAACAUAAUAAGCAGAAUAUGUAUAUGAAUCUGACUAUUAACAGAUCCAAUAACAUAAAAAUCAAACCAUGUUUGCUACUUGCCAUUUUAACCAGGAAUGCGGACAUUGUUCUUUCUUAUUUAGGUUGACUUGGAGAGUGUCUGUUCCGAGACGCCCUUUUACUCGAGUUAUUUAUAUUGUUAGCGAAUUGUUCAUAACUAAAAGCACUGUAUUGGGUUAAUGAACACAUAUAUUUUAUAAAUCCAUAGGUGUUGCACAAUUAUCUUUGUUAGUCUGAUUGUUAUUCACAUUUUUCACUAGAAAUUGUCAUGUCAUUUAUCCAUUUUCCGCCAUCUCGAAAUGCUGACUAAUGGGUAAUUCUUGCAUAGCAACAUACUGCUGUGUUUACAUUUUUAUCGCAAGACCUAUUUUUAGGCAUUAGGUAAGAAAUCUACGCUAUUAUUAGCAUGUGUAAGGUUAACAUUUAGUUCAUAUAGUCUGUUUUAAAUUGUUUUGUCAUUUAAAGUCUAUUUUAUGAUUUAUAGUGUUAAACGUGCGAGCGUUCCAUAAUUAGUCACGGAAGUUAUUGUUAUUAUUUGGUCACAGUGACCAGUUUCUGGUCACAGUGACCAAUUUUUGGUCACAAGUGGAACGCCGCGGCUAUAUAAAGUGACCAAAUUUUGGUCACAAGAUUCAUUCUAGUCAAAAUCUUAAGGCAGGCAACAUCCACGCCAAUUUUUUCUUAAAAAGUACUUUUUCUUUUCGUGAGAAAUUUAAGUAACUUAUAAUAACAGUAAUACCUUUGUAAGCAGAUAAUAAAGCGAACAUUUAACAUAUUUUAUUAAACUUGAACAUUAUUUAAAGUAUUCAAUCUAUUUUGGUUAUGAUCGUUGGCAAGUGUCAUUGGUCCUUAAAUUCGGUUGAAGUCCCGUUUACGAGUGUAAUGUUCAUUGUAAAAUAUCAUCUAUUUUUGACGCGCAGUUUACCGUCGCAAGAUUGAAAGUAUUGUAAAACCUUAACUAAGGUUGCAUGGCAUUUUGUUGUUGGAAAUAUAACAUUUUGUUGAGUUAUUCGUGGAAAUUGAAUAAAAGUUGUUUGAAGUUGAA